AUGGUGGAUUCUAUUUCACGCAUUACCUCUGCACUGGAGUCGGCGCGCGAAUUGACCCUGGAAGCAGCAGCCGUGGCCAGUUCCCGCCUAGGAGAAACGUCUUACCAUCGAUACUCGCAGAAGAUAACGCCCGAAGGACUCCGUUCACUAUUGAACUCGCGCAAUGAGCGAGAAGUACGAGACGGCAUGAAGCGGGUAGCAUCGCUCCUGGCUUCAGACGAUCCCACAAUUGAUCUAGAAUUGUACUUUGCGGAUGUGGUUAAGAACAUCGGAUCAUCUAACGAUAUCAAGGUCAAGAGACUGAUUGCAGUGUAUCUACUACGGUACGCUGAAAGGCAACCCAAUGUGGCGCUUCUGGCAGUCAAUUCAAUUCAGAAGUCCCUUACUGACCCAGAUCCUCAAAGCCGUGCUUUGGCACUCAAAAUGCUCUCUGACAUCAAAAUCCCAUCUUUGUACCCGAUAGUACUGCAUUCCGUGAAAAAAUCCGUAUCAGAUAGUGCUCCAGAAGUACGUAGUGCUGUGAGCUUCGCGCUUCUCAAGUUAUAUCGUGAACAGCGCGAAACUGUUGCGGACGACGUCAAACCACUUCUGGUAGACUUGCUUAGCGACACAGACCCAUUGGUAGUCUCAUCUGCUCUCUUAUUACUUAAAGAAGCAUUUCCUCAGUCUUUGGAUCUUCUUCACGGCCAUUUUCGUCGGUAUUGCAAGAUUCUACCUCAACUCUCUCAAUGGUCGCAGGCUUAUUUGAUCGAUUUGCUCAUCGAUUACUGCAAAACUUUUAUUCCUAGGCCUAUUUUGACGGACUCGCUUGACACAACUCGCUCUAUGCCCCUUCCAGACGCCUUUAAUGCAAUUCCCUUUGCAACUUACGAUGUUGCACUUGACCCUGACCUAGAGCUGUUCCUGCAAACCAUUCAAAAAAUGCUGCAUUCUCCAAGCGCAGCUGUGAUUGUUUCUAUUAGCAAAGCUCUUUUCGAAUUGAGUCCUCCAGUUGCGUUCAAAAACUCUCGAAUUACUCAUGUACUAGCACGGCUGAUAAGUGCACCCUCAUUUGCUAGUGAUCGUGGCGUUAUCUUACAAUGUAUCCUGGUUUACUGCGCUGUAGACCCCACUACUUUCUCACCUUUCUUGAAGAAAUUCUUCUUGUUUCCUAGUGACGAUACAGCAACUGCAGUAAACAAGCUCAAAAUCAUUGCAACGCUAGUCAAUCUCAAUAAUGUCAAAAAAGUUGUUCUGGAACUCAAGUAUCAUAUAGUCCACGAUAAGCGACCCUCGGUAAUUCAAGAAGCACUAAAAUCAAUUGCAGCUUGUGGUCAGUUGUCUCAGAGUUUGUCACUUCAUAUUACAAAAUGGUUAUUAGUGGGUAUGGAAACCUCGAUUGUGUCAACGUCGUUGGACUCGUAUGUUAACGUAGUGAGAUAUUUGAUUCAAGAAAAUCCCACUCAACACCUCGGUACUAUGGUUCACCUAGCCAAGACACUGAAAACCGAAAAAAAGUUGUCCGGUAACGCAAAAGCUGGAAUCAUUUGGCUUUUUGGAGAGUUUUCCGCCACUAAUUUCUCCAUAUGCCCCGAUGUUUUAAGGAUUUUAGUUCCAGGUUUCUCCUCAGAGCCAAGAGAAACAAGAUCGCAAAUUGUCUUGUUUGCCGCCAAGAUUUUAUCUUGCGACCUUGACAAUUUCAAGAACAGUAGAAGUGAAGAUGAAUCGUACGAUUUUGAUCAAUCAAGAAUUUCACAAAUGGCUCAGGCAGUUUUUCAUUUGGCAAAAUUCGACGACGACUUCGAUAUCAGAGACCGCGCAAGGAUGUUUUCCUCUCUGUUUGAUAAACAAAGGUACGAAAUUGCGUCCUUAUUGCUGCAGGCACCAAAACCUGCCUCAAUGUGUUCUCUGACGUUUGAUGCGCCAAUUAGUUUGAGUGCCGCCAACUUGGCGCACUUGAACAUAGAUCACGACAUGGAAGAGUAUCUCACCACUAUUUCUUGGUCUGAAGACCAGGAAAACAACAAAAGUUCCGAACUGCGAAAACCUGCGGAGUUAAAAGACUACAAUAAGCUGAAAACUAGUUUCUCUUCCUCCUCAUUUUUUGCUGGCAAAGAUAAUCAGCGUCGUUCGUCCAGUAUAGCCGAAAACCAGAACAGUUCAAAAGCCUCCUCAUCUCGAGUAUUCACUUCAUCAAUUGGUAAAAAGUAUCACCUUCAAAGUUUAGAUGAAUUCUUUUCAGACGUUCCUUCGAAAGAGCACAAAACUGUCAAAAGGGGGGAGAUUGAACAAGAGAGUACCAGCGAUGAGGGCAGCUCGUCCGAGGAUAACUUAUCGGAGCAAGAAUCUGAUAGUGGUGAUUAUGAAUCGACGGAUUCCAGCGAUAGCGACGUAGAUGAUGAAUCAGACUCUAAUAGUGACGGAGACGAAGAGAGGAGCUUGUAG